UUUGGGAGGAACGCGCCGAUGGUUGCCGAUGAUGAAAUAAAAUUUUGCACUCUUUAUUGAAUAUUUAUUUACAAUUAUAUUAAGAAUUGAUUGUGUAAUGUACAAACUGAAUCAAAUUGUACGUGGUAUUUCUGGACGUUGAAAGUUUAAGGUUCGUACUAAAAGCGACCAAAGCUCAACGCGCCCAUCGGGCCCAUAAAAGCCUUCCUGUCCCCGCGCCUCUAAAGCCCUCACGUGGCACAGUUGGGCGCUGGGCCAGGCUGUGCAACGCUAGACCGGUGAGUUCCCACACAAAAUAUUGCUUGGUAGCACGGCGGGCACUCAAAACCAACUAACCAUGUCUGUACAAAGUGUUGCUCUGGCAUCUCUCUACGCCACCUAUACCGACUCGGAGGGCGAGGACGGGGUGGAAGACGAGCGCCUGCAGGAGGAGAAUUCGAACACUCCCCAGGGGGCCGCCCCGCAUAAUGCCCAAGUCGGUCGUCAGCCCCAGGUCCGAUCUGGCACCAGUCCCAUAUCUGGAGGCCGUUCAGCCUCGCACAGUCCCGUCAUCGGCAAGUCUGCCGGUAGUAGCGACUUGCCGGGCGCGGCUACGAAGGUGCAACGAUUGGUCUCUUAUUUUGACGACACGGUAGUCUCCGAGGACGAUGAGGGGGCGACUGUUGCUGCGCUGCCGCCGCCGUCGCCGUCGCCGCCGGCACCGGCACCGUCGUUGAUGACGGCAAGCGCGACAAUCGCUGCGACGGUCGCGGAAGGUCGCCCCGAGGAGAACGGUCUCCCGGUCGCAACUAAUACUGGCACUAUUGUCGCCGCCACUGCCGUCAUUACUAUCGGCGGCGGCGGCGGCGCUGAGCGUCGGUCGCCUUCCUCGCGUUCCGGAGAAUUGCUUUCAGAUAAUAACGGGGAGACCAAGGACUCUUACGGUGUGACGAUACCACCAGAACCCUCGGGUCAAUGUCCCGCUGAACUGCAGGACAAGAUUACGAAACUAUAUCGGAAAAUGGAGAGUGAUGGGCUAGAUAUGAACACAUUGAUCCAGCAACGCAAGGAAUUCCGGAAUCCAUCCAUUUACGAAAAACUUAUUCAGUUUUGUAGCAUCAACGAGCUGGGCACUAACUAUCCGCCGGAUAGGUUCGAUCCAUUCAAAUGGAACAAGGAUUCAUACUAUGAGGAACUCGCCAAGGUGCAGAAAACGGAAAUGGACAAACUUGAGAAGGCGCGCAAAGAGAAAACGAAGAUUGAGAUCGUAUCCGGCACCGCAAAGCGGCCAAACAGCUCUACCGGCAGUGGCGCCGAGGAAUCGCUAAGAACCGAUGAUGCCAAAAAACGAAAAAGAUCUGUGGAUAAAGGGCAACUUGAUGGUUUCAUGGCAGAUGGCAUGGCGCCGACUUUGAAAAACGGCCACAAUUCCAAUAUAGGCUUUACUAACCAGCAGUCAGUGAAGCAAUCAUCCGAAGUAUCUAGUGUUGUUUACGCAGUGGGUCACUAUCCUCCAAAGCUCUUGCGCAAUCUUAAUGCACAGAGGCUGAAGAAUAAAUUCAGUGAUGUGGGGCUAGUGGCUGGUGAUAGAGUGAUCAGGGCACAUAGAUCAGUCCUGGCUGCUGGUAGCGCCUAUUUCAAUGCCAUGUUCACCGUCGGCCUGGUCGAGGAGCAGCAAGAACUCGUGGAGAUUCACUCAAUCUCUCCCCAUAUUCUCUCCCAGCUGGUAGACUUUAUCUAUAGUGGCAAUGUGGAUAUUACUCAGGAUAAUGUACAGGAGUUAUUUGCUGCUGCCGAUAUGUUAGAAUUAGAUGAUGUAGUAACUGGUUGUAUCAACUAUCUUAAACAGCAGCUACAUUAUUCUAAUGCUCUUGGGAUUUACAGAUUUGCAGAAGCGCAUAACAGACUUGAUCUUUUGGAGACUGCCCUACGCUUUAUAGAAGUCAAUUUUCCCCAAGUCUGUCAGGAGGAAGAAUUUCUGGAUUUGCCCAAGGAGCAUCUCGUUCAGUUUCUUAGUAGUGAUUACAUCCAUAUUGAUACAGAAUGUCAGGUCUUCCAAGCCGCAUACAAUUGGAUCGUUCAUGACAUCCCCGCGCGGAGAUGCUACGUAUUCGAGAUCCUCGGCCACAUACGCUUGCGAUUGUGUUCAUUAGCAAGACUAGAGCGUAUUAUCUUAGAAUGCAAGGACGCGAGUCUUAUCGUUGCGCUACGAUCUAUACAGAAAGAUUUAAUCUCAAAUAAAGGUUGCCUGGUGCCUCUUCAUGCCCAGCCUCGGGUCUGCGCUAGGAAGAAUAUCCUAGUAAUUGGCGGAUCCAAGCGGGAACAUUCCGCGGACAGCUGGGGUAGAACCGCCGAAAGUACUUAUGAAACUAUCGAGAAAUACGACAUAUUUACUGGAGAAUGGAGCGAAGUAGCUCCGAUUAGCAUAGGACGCAUUCUUCCUGGAGUGGCCCUUUUGGACGGCAAAGUGUAUGUUGUCGGCGGUGAGUUGGAAUCUUGCAUAAUAGCCAAUUGUGAAUGCUACGAUCCUCGCGACAACGUGUGGACUCCGAUCGCUUGUAUGGAGGAGCCUAGAUGUGACUUCGGUCUUUGUGCCUUGGACAAUUGCUUAUACGCGUUCGGCGGAUGGGUAGGCGAAGACAUUGGCGGUGCCAUCGAGAUAUACGAUCCGAUCACUAAUAUGUGGACUCUUGAUGGUUAUCUCCCGGAACCACGAUUCAGUAUGGGCGUUGUCGCGUACGAAGGAUUAAUUUAUAUAGUUGGUGGCUGUACUCAUAAUAGCCGACAUCGUCAGGAUGUAAUGAGUUACAAUCCUGUGACCAGAGAAUGGAAUUAUUUGGCACCGAUGCUUACACCACGUUCACAAAUGGGAAUCACGAUCCUCGAUGGAUACAUGUAUGUUGUCGGUGGCACAAGUAAGAAUCAGGAAGUCUUAACAUCAGUUGAAAGAUACUCAUUUGAAAAGAACAAAUGGAGCGUCGUCGCCCCCAUGAGUAUGGGCAGAUCUUAUCCGGCUGUCGCGGCGGCAGAUAGCCGGCUCUACGUCAUAGGUGGCGAUCAAUCACAAGAGAUCAACUUCUAUCGCACGCAGAUCACAAUCUCGACCGUCGAGUGCUACGAUCCUCACACGAAUAAAUGGCACGAGUGCGCCUCUUUACCGUCAAGCAGAGGCGAAGCGACAGCGAUCGUCGCGCCUUUUUGAUUGACGUUUCGUGUGAGUUUUGUUCAACAUGUUGAGUUUGUAUCUUAUUACUUUUUCUAUUUCUUCAACACUUCUUUUAAUCUCGAUAUCUGCAGCUCUCUGUGUUAACCAUUUUUACAUUGAGAGCAUUGUAUCCAUUAGAUAUGUAAUGGGUCGCGUAUUCGCUAAAAGAAAUUGUUUUAUUUUAUUAAUUCCUAAAUACAAUAAAACUUUCUAAAUUUGGCUUCGUUAAUUUUGGCACUUCUCACAUACUUUGUGAAUCCUAGUUUAUUAAUUUAUAUACGCAAUUGAGUUCAUGUAAAUGCAUAACGAUUGGAUAGUUCGCACUAUGGAGAAAAUAUUCGUUAAUUUCUGUUUUUCAAAAAUUUUCCACUUCUACUGCCCUGGAGGGUCAAAAUUAACGAGAUUAUAUUGUAAUCUGCCGAAACAUACAUUUUUUAAAAAUAUUGAUGAGAUGUUAUGUAUAUUUUUUUUAGAUUUAUAUUCUACAGUUCAUUUUAGACGAUCUGUAAUUCAUGACAAGAUAGAAACCUAUUUAUGAUUUUAUAUAUUUUAUUUAUCCUAAUAUAAUAUAUGUAUUCUGAUAUAGAUUUCAUACAUGUGUAUAUAUAUCACUUCUUCAAAUAUCUUUUAUGUUAUAUGAUAUAUAGAAUUACAUAAAUCGAAAUUUGUUCUGUGAAUUUUGUCACGAAUUAUAAAUUAUCUAAAGUAGGCUGAAAAAGAUAAUUGUUUAUCACAGAUAUAUCAUGAUCAUUUACUGGUAUGUAAUAUAAGGAAUCUAGAAUUCAAGAAUUUAAUAAAUCUAAAUUUUAAUGUAUCUAGAAUUUAAAAAGAGUCAGGAUUAAGAAAUUCAAUACAUAAAAAUUUACUUUAUAAUUUAAAGAUUUUUAAUUUUAAAGGAUUCAAAUAUUAAGAUGUAAAUGUAAGGUAUAUAUUUAAAUCAUAGAUUUUCAACAAUUGUUUUAUCCAAAUCAUGUGAGAUUUAAAAAAAAUUACAAUUUAAGACAUCGAGUCUAAAACAUAAUCGAAAUUUCAAGAAACUUAAAAUACUUAGUAAAAAUUAUCCAAAUUACAGGAAAUCUAAUAAAAAAAAGAUGUAUAACUAUUUAUUAUUUUAUAGCAUAAUAAUAUAAACAAAUGAUAUAAACGAAAUAAUCAUGAUUGGAAAUUAUAGAAAAAUUGAAUCUACAAUCUUUUUUUUAUUAUUUAUUAUUUAUUAUUUAUGUAAUCAGAUGUGCAAAUGGAUUUGAAAAUAACAAAGAUGUUGAAGAUAAAAUUUAUAAGAAUAACAUACAAUGUAAUGGAAAUAUAUAUUCAAAUACUUUCAUUAAUUAAGAAAUUAAUUAAUCACAAUGUGCGUUAGGAAGGACUGAGACUCUUUAUAUAAUAUAGCCAAAUACCAAAGUUAUUGUAAUUUUUAAUCGCAUUACUAAAAAUUAAUAGGCUGUUAAACUUUAUACGUGUAAAAAACUAUAAGAUAUUUAUCCUUGGAGUAUGUAAGGGUCUAGAAGUAUAAAAACUUCAAAAAUUCAGAAAUCGGAGGAUUUUACGAUCAAUAAAUUCAGAUUCACAAAUAUCGAAAAAUUAUAAAAUUCAAUAAAACGAAUUAAAAAUGUAAAAUUUAAAAAUCUAACGAAUCCUUCUUGCAGACAUUAUAAACUCUUAUGUUUUAAAAUAUUAAAGUCGAAAAUCCAAAAGAAAAGUAAUUUAGAAGCUAUAAAUAUUUUGAUUUGAAUCUAAAUAAGGAAACAUAAAAAUAUAUGAAUAAAAAUGUACGUUUCAAUCAUUCAAAAGUUUUUAGAACUUAUAGUCAUUAUGAAAUUUUGUAUUCAAAGAUUCAAAUUUCAGAUAAAUAUCUUACUGUAAUAAAAUAACGAUAUUUCUAAUUAGCGCGCGCAAAGCAGCGCGCCCAAUGUUUUGUAAAGUUUAAAGCCACGUUUUAUAUAAAAUUAAUCUAAGAAUCGAAAAGAAUGUAUGUUUGAUGGGCUUUGUAAUUAGUUGUUGAUGUAACAAUUCAAUUUGUCAUUAUUCGAAUUUAUUUUAUGCUGGACGAAUAUAUAGCCGCGCGGAACAUUCGAUUAUUUUCAAAUUUUUUGACACGGGAUAAAUAUGUGAGAUAAUGUUGAAUAAUUAAUUCACUAUUAAUUUGUAAUUGUUUCAAUAAAUAACUUUUUAAAUUUA